GUUCAAAAUUUCGGAAUCUUUGUUUAAAGCUGUGCGAAUAUUUAUUUCGAAUCAGCAUUUAUUCAACUUUUUCGUUUUUGAACUGAAAUUUUAAGAUUGUCUCCAUUUUUGAGGUCAUAAUUAAAAGUCCUUCUUAAACUUGCCAUACAACUCAAACCUCAAUAUACAACAAAUGGGAGACAAUAGAUUGUUGGAUACCACGCAGGUUAUCAAUGGUAUUGCAGUACUGCUCUCGUUUUUCGUAGGUUACAAAUAUGCCCUAAAAAAGCAUGAUGUCAACCAGGAUUCUGCCGGCGCAAGAAGUACUAAUCAGGGUACAGGGGAUGCUACCACUUCCUCUGAGGGUUUUUUUGCCAGCUUUAGCAACAAUUACAAAAUGGUCUUGGUAGUGCGCAAUGACCUGAAAAUGGGUAAGGGCAAAAUAGGUGCACAAUGUGGUCACGGAGCUGUAGGCGCUUAUCAGAAAGCUAUCCAACGCAAUCCACGCCUAGUACGUGCUUGGGAGAAUACCGGCUGUGCUAAAAUUGCAUUACGCGUUGAAAGUGAAGCUGAAAUGAUGACCAUUAAACGCGCAGCAGAUGCACACAACCUUACAACAUGUCUGAUACGUGAUGCUGGUCGUACACAAAUCGAACCUAAUUCGAAAACUGUACUAGCCAUUGGUCCUGCAACCGUAGAAGAUAUCGACAAAGUUACUGGUCACUUGAAGCUGUUGUAAACUGUUUCAUACUUGAUGAAAUCAAGAUACUCUUUGCGAUAGCAAUACGCUUAUCAUUUUAGUGUAAGCUCAACAUAAUGAAAUACGCAUGCGUAAUAUUACAAUUUUAUAUUUAGAAUACAAUAAGAUGUUACUUUGUAUAUUAACUUGAAUAAAAAUACAUAAUUUAUUUAA